CUGGAAAGAGUCGUUGGCUCAGUGUGCUGAAGAUCGUUUCGAGGUAUGCACGUGUCCUUCCAGCACCUCAGUGAGACCACCUCUCGCUCUCAUCAUCGCUGCCUGGAAUUGCGGAUCGUAACGCAGAUAACAAACUGGAUUUAAUUGCGAGAGCCCCUCCAAUAACGUGUAUGAUAAACACCUACACCAUUUACCAUGUUUGCAAUUCCUCAGAGUGAUCAUUCAGGUGAAUCUGAAAAUUAAAAGGUGUACCAUCGUGAAAACUCGAAUGAAAUAUAAAAUGGCGAAGACAGAAAAUGAAUUGAUAGAGAACGGGUGCGAAGGUGAUGCGGUAGACGACAAUAACAACAGUGACAGCCCCAGAGCAAAGCGUUUGAAGACAUCAAACUUCCCCAGUGUCAAAUAUCAGCUGAGACCUCGGUCGGCCAACGUCCGGCACAGGUGCGACAGCGAUUGUGAAUUUCAGGACACGCGGCACAAGCCGAGGGCACCGCCCUUGUCCCGCUACCGUAGGAAGACUGCCAAUGCCCGUGAACGCUAUCGCAUGCGGCAAAUCAACACGGCCUUCGAGAGCCUCCGGGGUGUGUUGCCCUCUUGGGUAUGCAGUCGGAGGGCGGCCUCGGAUAUGACUAAAAUAGCCACUCUCAGGCUGGCCUCCGCUUACAUCCGGUCGUUACAAGACAUCCUGGAUGGCACUGGGUGCCAAGAGACUUGCUCCUGGGUCCUCUCCAGCAUCCUGGAAAACAGCCACGAGUCUCCAAAACCUCAACAGGGCCAAGAGGGACUCGGAAACCCCGAUUCUUCCGCCAUCGAGACGUCAUCCCACUCUGAUCCCGAAUCGGAACUGGUGUCUUUCUUGUGUGGCUCAUCCGACAACAAAAUGUUCCAGGACAACCUGGAAUCCUUCUCGUAUCUGUCGCCGAUGUCCGAAUCAGAGGCCAUGACCCUCUUGCUGGGGGCAGACCCUCCGACUUCCAGUUGGCCUCAAACUCAACUUUCUCUAGUAUCUUGAGACACUUUAGUGAGAAUAUUGAGAGGAAAUAUUUAUUUAUAAUGCAUGGACUGCAAAAUUUCGACUGUUAGUGACAAUAUUAAGAGAUAUCAAUAUCUAGUAUAUACUAACAUGAAAUUUUGAUGAAUUUCAUUUGUCGGACUCUCUGAAAGAGACGGGCUAGUUAGCAAAAAGUUGAUCCAUAUGGUUAGUGGAACCGAAAAAUGAAUUUUUUUCAUCAAACGUCAGUGUAUACUGAAUAGACGAAUUGAACAUCACAAACGACAUAUGUCGAAUGAAUGCUCAUGUUUUUUAGAAUACGGUGUUCAAAUGCAUAACACCCACCUACUCCAUUAUUAUUAUUAUAAUUAUUAUUAUUUACAUAAUUAUCAUUAUUCUUCAAUCUAGGUUAAGUGGAAAAAUAUAAAGCCAUCUGGCCCGUAUCCUUCGAUGUUGACUUGAAGUGUGUUUUCCAUUUUUGCUUGAAAAACGAAAUUAUAAAAUACUGACGCAGUGCAAAUUAUAUUUAAGCCUAUGAUGACUGAUUAUUGUUUACGAAGGUAGGAACUUUCAUGGCAGGUUGUACGAGCUAAACUUAAAAUCGGUUGCAAAGGGCCGUGGGCGAGGAGGUUUUUGUGACUCGAGAAAGUGUUGUGGUUUCACAUUUCGAUCUGUUGUAAGAUUUGAAAUCGACGUAGUAUUUUGAAGAGGAUAUUUGUUAUGAAUUGCAAUAAAUGUCAUAUUAGUGCCUGUUGAGAUGUUCUUCUGUAACUGUUAGUUUUUUAACCAUGAAGAGUAAUUGUAAUAGAUAACAUAUUGGUGUCUUUUGUGAUGCUUAUUUAAAAAUGCUGGAGUUUUUACCAUCUAGAGGUAUAAUUUCUUAGAAAUUGUAAAAGAUAUAUUUUUAAGUGCCUGUUGUGUUCACACAUAUACAGCUGUUAGCUUUUUCACCAUAAGGAGUAUAAUUGUCUGUUACGUUUUUUCCACCAUCAUGAGAAACUAUAUGUUAGGAAUUAUAAUAUCAUUUAACUGUCUGAAUUAUUAAUAUAUUCAGCAUCAGGAGAGAUAAGGUGUUAGAAACUGCAAUAGAUAUCACAUAAUCGUCUGUUGUGGGACUCUUUUAAAAUUGCUAUUUCCUUUUUAUUAUUAGGAGACUUCAUUAGGAGUUGUAAUAAAUAUUUAGGUGUGUCUUAUGAUACGCAUUCAAAAUUGUCAGCUUCCACUAUCGGGAGAGCUAAUUUGUUAGGAAUUGUAGUCUAUAUCCUUUAGGUAUUUGGUGUUCUACGUUUAAAAUUGUCAGUCUUUUCUCAAAACUAAAGGUUAAAUAUACUAUUAACACAGUAUCGUUAUCAGAGAUUUUUUUAUUACAGAAAUUGCAAUAGAUCUCAUACAGAUGACUGUUGUGCUACGUAGUUUAAAUAUCAGCGAUUUCACCAAAAUAAUAAAUAUUUUCAGUCUUUCCUCCAAAAGCAGUGUAGAAAGUUUGGGUCCAGUUAACACUUCGCUUUUAAUUAUUGCAAAUACGAUUUGGGAUCAAUUUUGAACAGCUAUUGUUAGAACAUAGCAUACUCUCACAUUAUUGUCCAUCGUAAAUUUAUGGGAAGGCGAUAAGCUUAGAAAUUUUAUACCCCGUCAUUAUAAAAGAAGAUGUGAGAGAGAGAGAGAGAGAGAGAGAGAGAGAGAGAGAGAGAGAGAGAGAGAGAGAGAGAGAGCAUUUGAUACGCUGUGAAAACUGACUCCCAAAAGGAUAGCGUGAUCGUAACUUAAAUCAUAUGAUACACCAUUAUUACCUUGUAUACUUUGAUAUGAGUCCCCCAAGCAACAUAAUCGGCCGACGAAGUUAGGUAGAAGGGAAAAAAAAUCUAGUCAGAUCGCUUUUGUGCCAUUACACUGAGACAUAAGAAAAAUUAAAGGAGAGAAAAAGUUGAGCACGGAAAAAAAAGGAUGGUGUUCAGUUGAACAUAUUGCUCUGUUAAUCAGGAUAAUGUGAUAAGUACACGUUGCAAUUUCGGGUCAGGAUCAAGACCGACCGAUUUUUGUUUAAAAAACGAAAUGAUGUUUGGCGUGGAAGGAUCUGGUUCUUAGCUUUCGACUUGAAUUUCCUUUGAGAGGUGUGAUCAUGGAAGGAAAUAGCCUUGUUUGUCACAUGAAAAAUAUAGAUAAAUGUUCAAUGAAACUACUUCACAAUAACUGAAGCGUCUUUGAGGACUGCCUUCGUGGAAAGAAUUAAUUAUUUUGUCAUGUGAAACACAACAAAUUCAAGAAAACUGUAUUUCUAAAGGACUGAAGUAUCUUUGAGAGCAAUGUUCAAGAAGGGAAAUAAUUAGUAUGUAAAAUAAACCCAAAAAUGACAAAUCAAGAAAACCUCAUCUCAAACUAAAUAUCUUUUAAAGAACUGAUUUCAUGAAAGUCAUUAAAUUGUUUGUCGUAUGCCAAAAUAUAACAAUAAUCCAAGGAGCUUGUAUCUCCCACAAAAAAUUUAGUUUCUUUGAGAACUAACUUCAUGAAAGGAAUUAAAAUUGUUAGAUAAAAAAAUAACAAUAAAUGAAGAAAACUAUAAAUAAAAAAAUUCUAUUAUCUCGAAAGAAUUAAAGUAAAAUAUUUGCCUGUAGGCGUCUCAGUCGAGAGAGAGAGAGCCUUAAAGAACUUUACCAGCGACCUUGAGAAAAUGAAUCCUUCUUUUGCAUCCCUUUUCCUCCCUUUUCCUUUUUCUUAUGUUCAAUGCUUCGUACUGUUAACGCAUCCAAGGGAGUGAACGUGGCCAAGUAGCUUAUGGACAGGGAAUGUAGUGUACGUCAGAGGGAACAUUGAAAAGGAUAGACUUUAUAUUCUGAUAAAUGUUGAAAAAGUUAUUGCGUUCAUUUAUACGAUACUUUAAAAAUGAUCUGAUUAUUUUUCUUCUUUUGUAGGUAGUCUCUGUUUGGCUCUAUACCAAUCGAAUGAUUUUGAAAGGGAGAUAUAAUACCAUUUUUGCAUACUAGGGUAUAAUUAAUUGGCUUAUCUCUAUAUAUAUAUAUUCUAGUGGAUAUUUAUUUAUUUAUUUGAUGCUACUAACAGUCUUAUAAAGAAUUAUAGUCAUUAGUAUUAAGACCCAGUAAUUACCCGACAAUUAUAAAUGUUGUAGGUACAUAUUUCCUGAUGACAUAUAAUGUAGAAAUAUAAGUUCCAGUAAUUCGGGCUUAUUUUAAUUUCAGCUGCCUCAGUAGCGGUUUGUCGUGAAUUCAAUAUAUUUAAGAAAAUUAAUAUAAACAGUACUUUUUUUAUUUCUAGAAAAUGGAUAUUUUGAUGUCUGAUAAAUAAAUUGGUAGCUCGACUGUAAAAAGUUUUAUUAAGUUUCCACGAAAUAUUUUGUCAUUUGGUUUUGAAAAUAAAAAAGGGUAUAUAUUGAAAAUAGCAUUAGAUUUUACGAUGAUAUAAGUCGAGAAAGUAGUAAUAUAUGAUAUAAUAUAGGAAUAUCAGAAGCAAAGUUGUUAGAAACCACUGUAAAAAGGUUGGAAAAAUCUGUGAUCAUUAUUUUUAAAGGGAGGUAAAAAGGAAAUUAGUUGAGUAUCUUUAUAUCGGAAUGAAGAUGAUGAGUGUAUACUGAUUAAUUCCUCUUGUUUAAGUUGAGUACUAAAUUGUGCCAUAAGAGAUUAUAUAUGUUGAUUUUACACAUAACAAAUAUUGUACGUUUAUCAUAUAGAGAUAUGUCAAGCUGUUGUGGAAUUAACUCUAAUAAAACUAAUUGAGUUUCUGCGAUAAAGUUGAUGUUAUUAAAUGUUUAUAUAUUGAAACUGACUUUUGAAUGAUUUCCCUCGGAUUAUGUAAGUAGCUUGCAUAUGUGUAAUUUAAGGAACGUUUCUAUAUAAAUAUAUAUAUGCAGUAUAGACUUGUUGGUGGUGUAUAUUGUUAAGGGAAAAUUAUUUUUGUUAAUGUUAAAAGUAUCAAAGUUUAUAAUAUAUUCGAUUCAGGAUUAUUAAAUAAAGGAUGUCUUUUUUUC